UAAAGCGGCAGGAACGCUCAUCUAGAAACCAGCUAGUGACCCCGGUAUCCUGGAGGCGAGGUAGAGUCUCUUGAGAGGGAUUUUAGGUACUCGCGCUGCGACUCCUGAAAGGAGCCGCACCUCUGCGUCGCCGCGGGGCGGCGGCGGCGGCUGGAAAGCAGGUGGCCUGUGAGGGGGGACGGAAAUGGGGGGUGAAGCCACCGCGGGCGCAGCUGCCCCUGCAGAGCACGGGGCCGAGGGCCGUGUCAAGAGUCUGGGGCUCGUGUUCGAAGACGAGCAGAAAAGCAGCUACUCGAGCGGCGAGACCGUGGCUGGCCAUGUGUUACUGGAGACCACUGAGCCGCUGGCCCUCCGAGCGCUCCGCUUGGAGGCCCAGGGCCGGGCCCGGGCCAGCUGGAGUCAGUGCCCCGGACACCACCGGCUCGACGCUUCGGGGUCGCUGGCAGCGGAGGUGGAGUACCUAAACAUCCGCCAGAGCCUCCGGGAGCCAGCUGCAGGUGAAGGCAUCAUUUUAUUACAACCUGGAAAACAUGAAUUUCCAUUUAGCUUUCAACUCCCAUCUGAGCCUUUGGUAACAUCAUUCACUGGAAAAUAUGGCAGUAUUCAAUACUCUGUGAGAGCAAUCUUGGAACGGCCUGUGGUACCCGACCAAAGUAUAAAAAGAGAACUCCAGGUUAUUAGUCAUAUUGAUGUCAACACACCAGCUUUAUUAACACCUGUAUUGAAAAGUCAUGAGAAAAUGGUUGGCUGUUGGUUUUUCACUUCUGGCCCAGUCUCAUUGAGUGCCAAAAUUGAGAGAAAGGGAUAUUGUAAUGGUGAAGCCAUACCAAUCUAUGCAGAAAUUGAAAAUUGUUCAUCUCGUCUAAUUGUUCCCAAAGCUGCCAUUUUUCAAACCCAGACUUAUUUGGCCAGUGGAAAAACUAAGACUUUUCGUCAAAUGGUUGCCAAUGUUCGAGGAAAUCAUAUCGCUUCUGGAAGCACAGAUACAUGGAAUGGCAAGACUUUGAAAAUUCCACCUGUUAUACCAUCCAUCCUUGAUUGCUGUAUUAUCAGAGUAGAUUAUUCCUUAGCUGUAUAUAUUCACAUUCCUGGUGCUAAAAAGUUGAUGCUAGAGUUGCCACUGGUAAUUGGAACUAUUCCAUACAAUGGUUUUGGGAGUAGAAACUCUAGUGUUGUUAGUCAUUUUGGUGUGGACAUGAGCUGGUUAACAUUGACGCUGCCAGAACAUCCUGAAGCACCACCAAAUUACGCUGAUGUGGUAUCAGAAGAAGAAUUUUCUAGACACAUUCCUCCCUACCCUCAGCCAACUGAUUGUCAGGAAGAAAUAUGCUGCCCUCUUUUUGCUUAUAUACAAGAAUUCCGAUUUCAGCCUCCACCUCUUUAUUCAGAGGUUGAUCCACAUCCUGGUGAUAUAGAAGAGACCCAAAUUGUUUCAUUUAUGCUAUGACUAUUUCAAAAACUGCUGUGCAGUCAUGAUCAGAUUAGAUCAUGAAAUCUUUCCUGCUGCCUUUGUUGGGAAGGGCUAUAGAAGUAGGGAAACUUAGCUUUCAGUAAUCAGUUUUGAACAUAAAAGCUAAAGAAUGUAGAAGAUGGAAAAAGUGGACACUUGAUAUGGACAAGUUUGCAAGAGGGCCCUUUAAAUAAUGGGAUUGACCAUAUGAAUAUCAACUGAAUGGAACUGUAUGUACAGAUGAAGGUGGAGUAAGUUAAGGAAAAGAAUAUUUGAGGAGACCACAAAGAAAGUGCUAUAUACAUAAUGGACACAUAAGAUGAAUGUUUUAAGAGAUUGUUUUCAUUUCACUUUUACACAAUCUAAAAUUUUUGGGUUUCUAUAAAUAAUAAAUCAGCAACUGUCUUUUGUAGAUAAUAAACAAGGAAAAGGAUAUAUAUAAGCAGAAAAUGAUUGAAUAUAAAAUUUAAAAGAACCUUCUCUACCAGUUCAAGGCUUUCUUGUUUUAUAUGCUGAAAAGGGUUAUUUUUUUUUUAUUCAUCAUCAUGUUAAUUAGACCAAAUGAAGUAGUACAAUUUAAUUUCGCCCAUGUUAUUUGAAAAUGCAGUUCAUAAGUAGUAAUUUAUUUAUACAGUAUUAUGAAACUAAAAAUUAUUCUGAGGAUAGGAGUGGAUUGAUUUUAGAAUUCAAAGGGAAUAUAGAAUAUAAUUCAAAUUUUGAAUGUCUUCAGCAUACUUUGCUAUCCUGAUGUUUUAGUUUUCUUACUGGUUUUCUCAAACUAACAUGGUGGAUUUAGGGUUUUUCUUGUUUUAUAUUUCUGUAACUAAAGGCAUAGCAAGGAACUUUAGGAGUUUCUUGUAGAUUUGAUUUAUAUUCAACAGUUUUUCUUAAAACUACCUCUUUAGGAGUUGUAGUUACCUGCUGAGAGGUUAUACACCUGAAGCCAAAAGUUGUAAUGAAGCUUCUAUUAUUUACAGUAUCAGAUUCUAUAUUUUGAAAUGGACUAUUAAACUAUUUAAAGACUAGAGUAAAAUGAAGGUUAAUAUGUAUAUAAAUGCAUAAUAUGUAAAAACAUAUAUGUAAAUACAUACAUAUAGUUAGAUAUAAGCAAGAAAGUAAUAGUAAAUGCCAUACUUUCCCGAGAAGAGGAAGAAAUCCUCUCUGAAAAAAAGCUUAAACUCUACAUCAGAAUGGCAGUGACUAUUUUUCUAAUGUUCCCAUUCUUCAGUAAUUCUACCUAAACUGCCUUUUUUUUUAAAUUUGGUACAAUAUUUUAUUAUGUCCCUUAACCUCAGGAUAUUCAAAUCAUCAUAACUUGUGUUGCUGCUAAAAGUUCAUGCAGAUCCCCUCUCCCCCCAUUACCCUCAUUAUCAAAGUUAAGAAUCUUUGUAGUUGAAGUACACUUUGGUAUGGCAAAUUGAUGAUCAGGUACUAAAUUUCAGAAAGGUAUAGGACUUCUAUCAUUUAUUUUUCUGGUAUAUCAGGUGUUAGAUUUAAAUUUUAAGUAACAGAGUGUUUGUUUUCUAUGUCAUAAGGGUUUUGACUCAAGACCUUGGUGCUUUCCAUAAUCAUUAACUACAAUUAAAAUAGAAACUUAAUAAAGUUUAAAUUAUUUUCUAUUUAAAAAUCAUAAUCAUUAAUACGCAGGGAUUUUUCUAUUCAUAUCAUAUAUAUUUUUUCUUUGUUCAGAACAUACCUCUCAAUUAUCCUCUCAAUUAUUUGAAUUUUAUAAGCACUUCUUUUAAGCCACUGUUUAAAGUCACAGUAUAAAAUUGUGCUACUUGAAUUGUUAACUAUCUAAAUUAUGCAACUUUUGAGUUAUUAAUAUUUUAGGAAAAUCGCAUCUUCAAUUAGUCCUUGUUUUGAAAAUUGGUAAUUUGCAUGCUUAUAAAAAAAAGAUUGAGUUUUUCUAUAAUGCCAAAACAAUUACUGUUUGGUUGAGAAAUAUUCCAAAUCAAACUCCCAAGUACAGUUAAAUUGGUUCUUUGGAUUCACUUGACAGAAUUAAGCAUUUAUUCAAACUUAUUGUUUUGACACUAUAAAAAGAAUAAAAUCAUGUAAUGCAUGUAUCAUCAGUAGACAGUGACUUUAAAGCACAAGAAAAACAUAGUGGAAAAAUAAAUGCAAUUGCCUAAUUUACUUGUAUUUGAUACAGCUGACUUUAACUUAUUGUAUAGUGUAAGACCAUAAAAUAUUCACAUUAAGAAAGAUAUUUGUCCAAUUUAGAAAAUCAUAAAGGUUGUUAUUGGCUUUGGACAUUUACCUCAAGAUCACUGGACAAUAUCACCUCAAUAUCAAUAUCAACCAAGAAUAUUCAUUGAAGACUAAAUGUGCUGCUCGGAUGUGCUUAGUGUUCACAUCUCUGUGGCUCUUAUUUUGUUUUGCAAAUGAACUCUGUGGCCUUAGAAUUGUUUGCUUUAAAAAUAAUAAUUAAAGUGGAAAAUGUGUCUUGGCACAUGCAAUCUUUACAGGGCAAAAACCUUAAUGCUUUCCUGUUUUGCACAAUAAGCAAGAGGGUUUUUUUGUUUUGUUUUGUUUUUCCUUAAAUGAGCUGUGAAAUAAUUUUUCAAUUCAAAAAAGAAAAGCUCUUACAAUAUAUUAACCCACAGUUUAAAAAAAAAAAAAAAGAUUGUAUUUUAUAUUCGAGUAUGAACCCUAUGGGUUCUUUUUGUUAAUAAAAAAAAAUGUUAUAAUGA